AUGAGCGACUGCUCCGCCGUCCCCGAUUUUGAUUCUCUCCCGCCUGUCAAGGGCAUGCCUCAAGGGUGUGCAUGGGGGUUGUUCGAUAAGAAUGGGAAGAAGGAUCAGUUUGGUUGUCUAAACUUGCUUACUCCAGAGGUCAUCAAGGAAGCCUAUAAAGAAGCCAGGAAAGGUGUAACUGUAUCACUGAACUGGGAGAUGAAUGCAAUCCCCAAGCCGGCAUUCGGGCGUAAAGCACUUGUCCAUAAAGUCAUAUCCGAGAAGACUCGCCCCGACAACAUCCAUGUAUUUGACGACGAGGUUGAGUACAACACGCAAUGUUCCUCGCAAUGGGACAGUUUAGUGCAUUAUCAUCAUCAACCUACCGCGACUGGCUACAACGGCUGUCAACCAACAGUGACUUCGCUUGAACAGCCAUUCGGCCAGGAGGACAAAAACGGCGACCUGCCAACCCUGCAGCAUUGGCACAAGCGAGGAGGCCUGGUCGGUCGUGGCAUUCUGCUCGAUUACCAAGAAUAUGCCGCGGCAAAUGGCAUCAAGUACGAUUGUUUCUCGAGUCAUCGAAUUACCGUUCAAGAAUUGGAGGAAAUCGCCAAAUAUCAAGGCACAGAGUUCAAGCAUGGCGACAUCCUCCUUUUGAAAACAGGGUACACGCAAGCGCUCGAUGAAGCCGGUGCAGAGAAGCACACCGAAAUUUUUGCCGCCGGCAAGGCGGUAGGUGUCGACGGGACCGUGGAAACCGCGAAAUGGUUCUGGAACAAACAUUUUGCAGCUGUUGCGGGUGAUAAUAUGGCCUUUGAGACUCUACCGCCAAGAAGAGCAGAUGGAACUGUGGCCGGUAUUGAUGAGAUGGUGCUGCACCCAUACUUUCUCUCUCUCUUCGGCCUCAAUAUUGGCGAACUGUGGGAUCUGAAAGCUCUCGGCCAGACGUGCAAGGAGCUCGGCCGGUAUUCUUUCUUACUCACAAGCGCGCCUCUGAAUGUGGCAGGUUGUGUUGGCUCCCCGCCAAACGCUCUUGCCUUGUUUUAA